UUUAACGUUAUAAUUUUAUUCUGUGGAUUUCUAAUAUAAUUUAGAUUUAGUAUUGGUUAUCUUUCUAAUAUUAACAAAGACGGACAUGUUUAACUUUUAUAGGCAAAUUUUUGUUCUCGGUAUACUGUCAUUAUUACAUGCAGCUUAUUCAGCGGCUCAACAUCGAUCUUAUUUACGAAUAACUGAACAAGAAUUUGAUGGAUUACCAUUUGAUAUAUUUGUGCAAGGUGUUGUCAGCCUUUUUAUGUCAAUGUAUGGAAUAUUGUACUUAGCAGGAGAGUUCAAAGAAGUGAGAGCAAUUGAAGAACUAGAAUGUAAGACAUGGGAGACAUUACACAAUACACCUUCAUUUUAUAUAUUUAAUCAUAGAGGUAAAGCUCUAUCAUCUAAUAAGUCUUAAAUAAGUCCAGACACUUGAUGACACUUUUUAUAAAAAGUUAACUGAACACGAAACUAUGAAUUAGCAUAACUGUUUGAUAAAUUAA